AUGAUGCGGCUUGGUCAAUUGCAACGGCCGUUGCAGGCCGUUGCUGUGGCGGGCUCUUGCCGACCGGCUCUGGCCACAUUCGCCCUGCCGAUCCGAGCAGCAGUCCAGUCGACACCGGCGCAGGCACAAUCAGCAGAUGGCGUCGUGGAAGGGAGGAGGUAUGCCAGUGUGAAGUCGCAGGGAGCAUACCGGAUACCCAACAAGAAGACGAUAGCCAAGAAACUGGGUGCAAAAAAGAGCGGUGGAAACAUCAUCUUCAAACAACGAGGCACAAUGUGGCACCCAGGCGAGAAUGCUAUUAAGGGCCGCGACCACACGAUCCACGCUGCCGUCGAGGGCUACGUGAAGUACUACCGCGAUCCUCAACUACACCCGACAAGGCAAUAUAUCGGUGUUGCAUUCAACCGCGACGAUACCCUUCCCUACCCUAAGGACGCACCCCGGCGGCGAAAGCUCGGCAUGGUGGCCUUGACGCGCAAGGCUCACGAGAAGAAAGACGCCAUCUCUGCGAGCGGUAUUCCCAGACGAGUUGUGCGCAAGGGCGGGCUAUUCGACAUCGAGGAACUCGAGCAGCGAUUAUGGUCACGAGACAAGGCGCGCGAGCUAGAGGAAGGCAGGCAGGCAGCGUCGGCCCCAUCCGGGACACAAGCAGCAGCUCAGGCCGCCGCCAACGCGGGCGAGACGGCACCAACGCCCGUCACCGGCGCCGAGACGGGCGAGGCCCUGCCGGGCAAGGCCAAGGGCAAGAAGCGGUCGCGGUCGCAACAGCGGAGGCUGGUGCACCCGCUGACGUUCAUCCAGAAGCGGUGGCUGGAGCGGCGGCGGACGCGGACGCUGCACCUGAACCCGCGCAGCUACAGCUACACCGAGACCAACGCGGCGAUCGGCCGGCUGGCGUCGCGCACCAUGUACACGCCGCCGUGGAAGCUGGGCGGGCGCAAGGCGCGGUUCAGGGCGCGCCGCGGCCGCCGCGAGGACCGCAUCAAGCAGAUCGCUGCGAACCGCGAGCUGGUCAAGGCAGAGAAGGAGAAGGAGAGGAUCGCUGAGGAGGCCAAGAGAGCGCGCAUGCUUGCUAAGCAGCGGGCUAAGGGACAGGGGCGGGCGCAGAAGGAGGGCGCCACGGAGGGUGCGAAGGAGGGUGAGAAGAAGGUCGAUGCCCAACAAGGACAGGUGCUUCUCAUCAGUCAAUUGCUUGGAUUCGACACCCCCCUCCUCAAUUCCACUAAGCUUCUUCAGCGGCUGCUGUUGCUAGACAUGGCUGCACCAGGCUUUGGGUUUUCCGUGGGCGACUUCAUCGCCGGCGUGUCCCUAGUCAAGAAGCUUAUACGCGCCUUAAAUGACGCCGCCGGUUCUCGCGCAGCCUACCGCAAGCUGAUAGCCGAACUUCUCAAUCUUGACGACGCCCUCACCGAGAUCAGCAAACUUCAACUCGGUCCAUCCCAAACGUCGCAAAAGACCGCCCUGCAGCGCGUAGCGACGCAGUGUCAAAUCAGCAUCGAGACGUUCCUCCAGAAGAACGCGAAAUUCAAUGAUUCUCUGGGGCUCUCACCGUCUCUACCGUGUUCCGCUUGGCGAUCGAAUCUUCACAAGAUUCAGUGGGCUCUGUGCAAAGACACCGCUAUCGAUGAGCUUCGGACUGAGAUAGCUGCUCACACUUCAACAUUGAACGUCAUCCUUGCCACAAUUCAGGUGUCCGCCACCAAGUUGCAGGAAGAGAGUCUAGAAGACUGUACGCAGAUGUUGCAGUUGGUUUCUGAUGAGGCGAAGAAAGCCAGUGAUUGCGCUGAACAGAAUCAGCAGACCCUCGUAGUCCAUACGGGGUGGUUAGAGAGAAUAUCGCACACCGUUACAAGCUUAAUGGCAGAACAACGACCGAACGGGCUUUUAUCACUCAUCCAGCAGGUGCUACAAUGGAACAUCAAAAUUUUCGAUGGCGUCACUCAGACACAGCAGUUAUUGUACAAUAUACCCCCCCAGGUUGAGCUUCAACAACCUGUCAUUUUCGAGGACGCACACGGCAGGUUGAGCCCAUUUCACGUCGAAUUCAUAAACUCAUUUGCCGCGUUCCAAGCCGUUCUCGAAGCUCGAUUUGAAGACAUGCCGGGUCUGAACAAAGUCAGAAGCUUGGAAUACGCCAUGCAAGAUACGCGAUCUAAGAAGAUUCUCGAUUUGAACCGCCCUUGGGAGAAUAACUUUCGACCUGGGAGGAAGUUCGCUAUGAGUAUGAUAUUCCAGCUACCCAAAGCAUCCACUUCUUCUUGCCCGGGCUGCCGGACGGAGAACUUGGACUGCCUCGAGGAUGAAGCCUCAGAUGUUCAAUGUGGAAAUCCUGAUUGCCGUAUUUUCUAUCGCCGCGUCACAGAAAUCGACAAGCCAACACUGGGCAAAAGAAGACGGUCAGAGUCACCUGACAAUCCAGCAAAACGAACGAAACAUGGACCUAAAGAAUUAGAUACUGAUGAGAACGAUCAAGGAGAGAUAUUCUCAACCCAGGACAACACCUACAUAAAGUGCAUCAAAAACAUCUACUACAACGUUUAUAUCGACGGCGAAGAGGACGUUACCGAGAGAGUCAACAGCUGCCGUCCCGGUCAUAUGUGCAGCAACCCCAUCGUGCGCGAGUUCGACCGCAAGAUCAACUGUACUAGACUGCAAUUUACCAAUCCAGAGAGGCCGAUGACGCGAAGAAAAGUGUAUGAGGUUCAUUCACAAUCGUUGAGUUUACCCACAGCGGAUAAACCGAUAUCACCCCUUCGUUCACCUUCUGCUGUGCCAUAUCCGCCCCCACUGCUGCCUCCACGAUUUGUGCCUGUUGACGGUCCACAGGCAGAUCAUUAUGAAUUCGUCGCACAGGCGAGGAACGAUUUCUUGAAAGAAAGACUAAAAGCAAGAUUUAGUGGAGAUUGA